GCCGCCAAGGCCGCCGCGGCCACCAGGGGGGAAGCCUCCGCCCAGGCCGCUGCCGCCGUCGUGGGGCGGUCCUUCCCCAUGCUGGAGGAGACGGCGCUGCGGGCAAACAUCGGCCCUGCGGAGGUCGAACAGCUGGUAUGGUAUCGACCCGCUGGCGAGAGCAAGAGGGCGCAGCUGCGUAAGUACCG